AUGAAAGAACCUCCACCUGUUCUCUCAAAUUCCACCUUAUCUGUCAGUCCGUCAACUGAUACCGACUUUGGUUCCGUAGCGCACCUUGCGCAUACUACCAGCGUCCCGCAAAUCAUCUACGCCUUGCGGACGUCGGACACCAAUGGGUUGACUAAAGAAGAGGCGAAUCAACGACUUACCGCCUUCGGACCAAAUGUCCUACAAGGCAAAGGUGGCAUAUCGGCACUCAGAGUGCUGGCUGGCCAAUUGGCAAAUGCACUCACGCUUGUGCUCGUCGCGGCGUUGGCACUCAGCUUCGGAGUCAAGGACUUCAUCGAAGGCGGUGUCAUUGCUGCACUUAUCGUGCUAAACACUGUUGUCGGCUUCAUCCAGGAAUACCGCGCUGAGAAGACUAUGGAGUCGUUGCGCCAACUUUCCUCGCCCUCAGCAGUGGUUGUACGCGAUGGCGAACGCAUGACUGUGCCCGCCAAGAAUGUUGUGCCUGGUGAUCUGGUCUCGAUCAAAGCUGGUGACUCCAUCCCAGCAGAUCUUAGGUUGAUCAGCGUCACGGACUUGGAAGUGGCCGAACAACUCCUUACGGGGGAAUCGCUUCCAGUCCCAAAGGUCACAGAUGCAUUCCCCACUACCGACGUCGAUAUUCCUAUCGGCGAUCGCACGAACUUAUGUUACUCUUCAACGAUUGUCGCCAAGGGUCGUGGUACCGGCGUCGUCAUCGGCACUGGCAUGAAAACCCAGAUCGGCCAUAUUGCUGAAGUUAUGAACGGAAAGAAUCUUACGAACGGAGAUGAGAAAGAUGAACGACCUUGGUAUAAACGUGCUUUAGACCUCAUUAAGACCUUCCUUGGCCUCCGUACAGGCACACCCCUCCAGCGCAAGCUCACCCAACUUGCGUACUUCCUCUUCGUCUCCGCCUUCCUUUUGGUGAUCAUCGUGUUCUCCGUUGCAAAGUUCCACCUUUCCGAUGAAGUCGCGCUGUACGCUAUCGCCUGCGGUGUCGCCAUCAUCCCCGAGUCACUCAUCUCCGUGUUGACGCUCACCAUGGCCGUAGGCACGAAACGGAUGGCCAAGCAGCACGUCAUCGUCAGAAAGCUCGACGCGCUGGAGAACUUGGGGGGUGUUACGGAUAUCUGCAGUGAUAAGACGGGAACAUUGACUCUAGGCAAAAUGUCUGUUCGAAAGUUAUGGGUUGCUGGCUCCGCUAAAAUGGACGCCGAGUACGUAGCUGAGAGCAGCAGCGAUGCACUGGAUCCCUCCGGAGCCGUCCACCACGGAACACCUACAGGCCCCGUCGUUACCCCCGCCCUGCCCUCUCCCAAUCCUUCCACCUCCGAUUCUGGUCUGACCCAAGUCGUUCGCGCGGCCGCACUAUGCAAUGUCGCAUCGAUUCAUCAAGAUCACAAAGGCGAAUGGAAAGCCGUUGGCGAUCCCACCGAAGUCGCGCUACAGGUCUUCGCGACGAAACUCGGAAUGGGAAAGCGUUCGCUCGCUAUCGGCGAGAAAGGGCAUGGGCAUCAUGGGAGCGGCAACGACGGACGUUCCACAGAUGAUGACGAUGAGAAGAGCCAAUCAGAUUCAUCGUCAGAUUCGUCUUCGCAAGAUAAUGAUAAUGACACUAAGGUAUCGAUCGCGACAAUAGACGACGAGCCCAGACGCUACUCACUGCUUGCCGAGUUCCCUUUCUCGAGCGAGUUGAAGAGGAUGACGACGAUUUACGCCGAUAAGGAGGAUUCUAGCCGAGUGGUCUGCUUCACCAAGGGCGCUGUCGAACGUAUUCUUGACGCGUCUACCUCCUACGUCCCAUCUCCCUCCACCGCCCCAGGUGUUACGGCCCCGCUUUCCGACGAGAUCAAGUCUCAGAUUCUCCAGAAGGCUGAAGAGCUCGCAUCUCAAGGCCUCCGUGUUAUUGCCAUCGCCCAACGCUACUUCCCCUAUCCCAAGUCAUCCUCUCUUGACGUUCCCCGUAGCUCUCAUAAACUCAACGUUACACGUGCCGAUGCCGAACAGGACUUUACCUUCCUCGGAUGUGCUGGUAUUUUCGACCCUCCUCGACCGGAGACGUUAGGUGCGGUGAGGGCAUGCAAGCAGGCCGGGAUUGUCGUUCAUAUGCUUACUGGUGAUCACGUCACGACUGCGCGCGCAAUCGCUAAAGCAGUCGAGAUCAUCACGCCCGACUCGCCCAAGAACGCUGUCAUGACUGCUGCUGAAUUUGAUCGCCUCACCGAUAAAGAAAUCGAUGCGCUCCCAGAGCUUCCACUCGUUAUUGCUCGAUGCGCUCCCGAAACCAAGGUUCGGAUGAUCCUUGCUGGCCGCAGGCGUGGCAAACAUAUGGCUAUGACGGGCGACGGUGUCAACGAUUCUCCUGCGCUCAAAUUGGCCCCAGUCGGUAUCGCGAUGGGCAUGGCAGGCUCAGAUGUUGCGAAGGAUGCAUCCGACCUUGUGCUCACUGACGACAACUUUGAUUCCAUCGUUGCCGCGGUUGGCGAAGGCCGACGCCUAUUUACCAAUAUCCAGCGCUUCAUUGCUCAUCUCUUGUCCACCAAUGUCGCGCAGGUUUUGCUGUUGAUGAUUGGUUUAGCGUUCAUGGAUAAGAACCGUAUGAGCGUAUUUCCACUCAGUCCGUUAAGUAUUCUUUGGCUGAACAUGAUAACCGGUUCGACGGCCGCGUUUGGCUUGGGUCUUGAACGCGCUCCUGUGGAUUUGAUGAAACGUCCUCCUCAUUCAGUCAAAGACGGCGUCUUUACGUGGCCCGUUAUUUGUGAUUGCCUGUCCUACGGUGUUGUCAUGGGUGCGACGUGUCUCUUGAACUUCGUUAUUGUUAUCUAUGGAAUAGAGCAUGGCUUCUUGGGUCAAAACUGCAAUGACGAAGUUACUUUUGCUUGCGACGCUGUCUUCCGCGCCCGCUCUACGGUGUUUGCUACACUAGUCUUCGAGAUCCUGUUGUACGCGAUGAUUCUAAAAUCUUUUGAACGUUCUCUAUUCGCCUUGACACCUGGUGUACCCUUCUACAAGGACUGGUGGGCCAACCAGGUCCUCUUCUGGUCCGUUGUCAUUGGCAUGAUCAGUGUCGUCCUUCCCUUGUAUGUCCCGACACUCAACACCCGUAUUUUCUAUCAAACCGGCAUCGGCUGGGAAUGGGGUUUGGUCGUCGGUAUGACUGUGUUAUUCGUUGUAUGGUCAGAGGUGUGGAAGUUGGUGAGGAAGGAUUUGUAUAGGAAGUGGCUUCCGCCGUUGCCCACGGAAGUGGGUUGUUGA